AUGUGCAGUUUGAAUAAUUAUCCUUGGACAUCUACUGCUAAAAUGCUGAACAAUCACUCAAAACAAGUUAUGAAACAAACUAAAAUUGGAGACCAAACGGUUUUUCCAGUGAAUCAUAGGGUCCAGAAGUUGGUCUUCUUGAAACCUUUCAAACAACCAAGCAAAUCACUACCAGUCAGGAAACAUGAAGCCUCAAGUUCAGUCUCCAAAGGAUACCAAAAAGAUCUCAUAUCAUUUCACAAUAUCAAUUGGUUUCAAGCCCAAAACAGUGUGAUUCAUGAAGACAUCUCACCAAUAAACACUGAUGUUGCCAAAAAAUACAGCUGCAAAACCAAUUGGCCAAACAAUAUCAAGUCUGGUGUCAACAUCUUCCAGGAAGAAAUGCUGAACAAAGACAAGGUCACUGUGUUAACGGAACAGGUUGACAUUCUCAAAGAAAAGUUUCAUUAUGUUGAACAACUUCAGAAGGAUCAAACCAAGCAAUCACAUCUGACUGACACUACCAACCAGUGUUGUUCCAAUUGA